AUGCUUUCGCAGAAAUGGUUGGGGUUCCUUUAUUUCACUUUCUAUCUAUGGGCAAAUGUCUUACUGAUCCUCCUUCAAGAUUGCUUGGCAUGCAAAUCAGAAGAAAGACUGUUUCACAAACUCUUCUCCCGUUACAACCAGUACAUCAGACCUGUGGAAAAUGUGUCGGAUCCAGUUGCAGUGUAUUUUAAAGUGGCAAUUACACAGCUUGCAAAUGUGGAUGAAGUCAAUCAGAUUAUGGAAACCAAUCUAUGGUUGCGGCAUAUUUGGAAUGAUUAUAAACUGCGGUGGAAUCCAAUAGAAUAUGAUGGGAUUGAGUUUGUCCGAGUGCCAGCAGAUAAAAUAUGGAAACCUGAUAUUGUGUUAUACAACAAUGCAGUUGGAGAUUUCCAGGUUGAAGGCCGGACCAAAGCUCUUCUCAGAUAUGAUGGCACCAUCACAUGGACACCACCUGCCAUCUUUAAAAGCUCCUGUCCCAUGGAUAUUACUUUCUUCCCUUUUGAUCACCAAAACUGCUCCCUGAAAUUUGGGUCGUGGACUUAUGACAAAGCCAAAAUUGACCUUCUAAUUAUUGGUUCCAAAGUGGAUAUGAAUGACUUUUGGGAGAAUAGUGAAUGGGAAAUAGUUGAUGCUUCUGGCUAUAAACAUGACAUCAAGUACAACUGCUGUGAGGAGAUCUACACCGAUAUAACCUACUCCUUUUAUAUCCGAAGGCUGCCCAUGUUCUACACCAUUAAUCUGAUCCUCCCCUGUCUCUUCCUUUCAUUCUUGACUGUAUUGGUUUUUUACCUUCCAUCUGACUGUGGAGAGAAAAUGACCCUUUGCAUCUCUGUCCUGCUUUCUUUGACUGUGUUCCUGUUGGUAAUCACAGAGACAAUCCCCUCUACGUCUCUAGUAAUACCCCUGGUCGGAGAAUACCUGCUGUUCACCAUGAUAUUUGUGGCUCUCUCAAUCGUUGUCACAGUGUUUGUGCUGAAUGUCCACUACAGGACUCCAACGAUGCACACGAUGCCCAAGUGGGUCAAAACCAUUUUCCUCUGUCUCUUGCCCAAAGUUCUGAUGAUGAAGAGACCUGUCCAGAAACGUGUUGAAGCCCCACCUAAGAAAAACAAGAAAGGUGGUGCUGCUAAAUCCAGCAAGCAAAAGGCUGAUGAACCCAGAGAAAUGAAAGCCUUCGCUGAACACAAGUGCUGCCACUGUGACAAACCCAGAGAACCAACCGCAAGUAAGAAAAGGAGGCCAGGCCACCAAUUGGCUAAAUGGUUGGAUGAGCAAACAGAAUACUCCCCUGAGGUCAAAGAAGUAAUUAGCAGCAUUCAGUUCAUCGCAGAAAACAUGAGGAGUCAGAAUGAGACCAAAGAGGUGGAAGAUGACUGGAAAUACGUUGCCAUGGUAAUUGACAGAGUGUUCCUGUGGGUGUUCAUAAUUCUCUGUGUAUUUGGGACUGCAGGUUUAUUCCUACAGCCACUGGUAGCAGAUACAUAA